GACUGGAGGAAGCCGUGGUUUAAGUUUUCAGUCUGAGAGAGGAUCUAUUUGAGGAAGAACUAACGUACAGAAAAGAAACAACACUGUGAGGAAGGAAUUAUAUUAACUCCUGGAAUAAAAGCAGUUUGUAAUUAGUCCUACUCAUGGCAACACAAAACGGCCAGCUGGAUUGUUGGGACAUCAUCGAUGACAGCCACAUUCCAGAGUUUGAUGUGGCCCAGUGGAUCAAGAUCACCCUUGCACUACUCUAUGCUAUCAUCUUUGUGGCAGGCAUUUUGGGCAACAGCAUCACCAUCCACACUACCAAACUGCUGCAGAAGAAAGGCUACCUGCAGAAAGAAGUUACAGACCACAUGGUGAGUCUGGCAUGCUCAGACCUCCUGGUCAUCUUGCUGGGAAUGCCUGUGGAGUUCUUCAGUAUGAUAUGGAGCCCGUUCUCUACUCCUAAAGGUGACAUAGCAUGUAAGCUGUAUUGCUUCAUUUUUGAGGCAUGCAGCUAUGCUACAGUGCUGCAUGUGGCCACUCUAAGUUUUGAAAGGUACAUUGCCAUUUGCCAUCCCUUCAAGUUCAAAGCCACAUCAGGAUCCUGCAAAGUUAAGAUCCUUAUUGCCUUUGUCUGGAUUACAUCAGUCUUGGUAGCCCUUCCUCUCCUCUUCUCCAUGGGCACGGAAUAUCCCUUAGAAGUCAUUCAGGGCCAUCGUGGGUUGGUUGCCUGCGCGAAGCCCCAAGGGAGGCACCACUUGCCCCAGCUAAAUUUAAAUAUGACUGUAUGCACCAGUUUAUCCUCCAAAUGGAAAGUCUUCCAGACCGGUAUCUUCACUGCUUUCAUCGUCUAUGUUGUGGUUUUGGCAUCUGUAGCCUUUAUGUGCCGGAAAAUGAUGAAAACCCUGAUGCUCCACAAACAAGGAACCUUAGCAGUAAAAGCAGAGCGAGACAACCAACACCAGUACCUAAGGAAAACUGAAAAUCCAGAUGGCAGGAGUUCCAGGAAACAGACCAUUCUCUUUCUAGGGCUGAUUGUUGCAACUCUAGCAAUCUGCUGGCUGCCCAAUCAAGUUCGAAGGAUCAUGGCUGCUGCUAGACCAAAGCAGGACUGGACGGUCUCCUACUUUAGAGCCUAUAUCACCCUCCUCCCUGUAGCCGAUGUCUUCUUUUACCUCAGCUCGGUAGUGAACCCACUGCUGUACAAUAUCUCUUCCCAGCAGUUCCGAAAUGUCUUUCUUCAGGUCCUCCGUUGUCGUCCGACAUUAGAACAUGCCAACAAACAGAAGCUUUUAAGAGCCAAUUUGAAUUCUGUGGCUGGCAGUGGCCGCUCCUGCCGUCCAUUGAUCUUCAGGUCAUCUAGGCGCAAGUCUUCCACUAAUCGCGCUAACAAGGUUUUCUUAAGUACUUUUCAGAGUGAGACCAAGCCUGACCACAGUUUGCAGAGUCUUGAAUCAUCAGAGCUGAACGUGAAAACUAUGUCACUGGAGGCCAGCACAGACCCCAAUCCUACCAACCAGAAUGGCCUUUGUGAGCUUGAACUGUGAAUCCAUAUAAAGCAAAAUCAUCUGAUCCACAAUGUGCCAAACACAGGGGAAGUAAAAGCAACAGUAGUUUCACAGCCUGCAGGCUGCAUCAUCAUCUGCCUUAUUUAAGUGCUUGUCUCAAUAGUUUCCAGUGACACAAGUGGAUAUGGGUUCUGUAUGGUUGGUUGUUGAUUUGUUUUUAUUUUCAAAGUGCACGCUGGAAAGUCAAUCAGGAAACAAGAGCUAUUCUGCUGUUAACAAAGUGCUGAAAACAUUUAAACUAAAUUCUUCUUUUAGCAGUGGGAAGCAAAAAAAAAUGCUGCAAUGGAAAUUGGCUGUGUGUCUCAAGAAAACGAUACAAGAUGAGUGAAACCAGCAAAGAAGUCUUUCUCAUAAUUUAGCAAUGCCCUGGUGAUAAAAAGGCCAAGCUAGAGAGCAUUAUGGUUGUUAAUACACCAGCCCUGGGCAUCGUGCCAGAGUUCCCCCUCUUCUUUGGCCUUGGCCCAUUGCAGAGUGGAGUAUUGCAGCAGCUUAU